AUUUUGAUGGCUUUCAUAUUACUGUAGACUGAAAGACAAGUAUGUUUAUAGGAGAAACACGCAUAUGUAACUAUUCUACUAUUGGGAUCUGAAAAGGAACUAUGGUAUUAUAUAUCGUUAAAGCUGUUAUAUUUUGGACGUUUGUUGGACAUUUUCACGCCCUUGAUUUCAUGUAUCCACCAGAAAGCAAGACAACAAAGGAAGGCACAAAUAUCCAGCUUUCCUGUUUUAUAUCUGGAUAUGUUGUAGACGAACAGUAUUUAUCAUGGCUUAAACAUGGGACUAAAAUCAUUGAGGGUAAGGACAUAUUACAGGAUAGUGGUCUUCAAAAUCGAAAUAUAGACGUUCUUAUAACUACUACAACUAAGGUAUCAACUUACACACUUGAAAUACCCACAGUGAAAAAAGACGACGAGGGAGACUACGCAUGCGCGAUAUUCCAGGAUGGUAGCGAAAUAAGAUCUAAAACUGGUACGUUAACCGUUUACCAAAUACCAGACCCUAUUUACCCAAUAUGUGAAAACGUAGGUAAUGCUGUCUAUGAAGGAAAAGUAGUGACUUUGAAAUGUGAUGGUGAGGAUAUUGAUCCAGCCAUCAACUUAACAUUAUUUAAAUCCGUAACAAACAUCAACAUACCGCAUACCGAGAUGUUGGUUACUCAGCGGACAACGCCUAUUAUACAUUCAUUUAAAGCUAAUCCCAGUGAUAAUAAUGCUAUAUUUACUUGUCAACUAACAACACUAGCUGAUAGUAGCAUUGUCAGGAACUGUAGCAUUGGACCAUUGAAUGUAUGGUAUAAACCUAGUAUCACAAUUCAACAUUCAGGAACGACGCUAUCAGGAAGGGAAGCCAUUUUUAUUUGUCAAACAAAUGCAAACCCACCAGUAACAGAAUUCAUAUGGCAAUUUGAUCCGCUUUUGAAAAUUGAUCGUUAUGAUAUUGAUGAUAUUGGACAAGUUAUGCGCAUUCUACGUGUUACCAUUGACGACAAUGGAUUGAUCGUAAAAUGUACAGCAAGGAAUAGUGUGGAUCAGGUGACAUAUCACGUGACUAUGAAAGUAAUUGGUAGGCCUACUGACCAGGGCAGUAAUGAAAAACCAAAGACAAACGCAAUUGAAUCAACGAAUAAUGAAAAAUUUAAGAAGAAAAGUAUUUCUUUAUCAGUUUUACUUGCUGUUGUAUCCGUAUUGGUUCUUGUAAUUGUAUUUGCUAUCAUAAUUCCUGUUUAUUAUUUCUGCAUUUGUUCAAAAAAAGAGGGCAAUGUUGUAGCUCAACCUGAAGUAUACUUUGAGCCCCAAGAUCGACUGACGUUACCAAUGCCAAAUAAAAGACACUCAGUGUUAUGGAGACGAUCUUUUGGCGCCCAGGUUCCAACAGACAGAGAUGUGGAUGCCAUGUAUCUGGAGAUUCAGAGUGAUCACUACAUUUUCACUCCAGACAGCAGAUGUAAUACUCUGCCCUAAUUAUACAAAGUUGCACAGUGUUUUUUUUUGUUUUGUUUUGUUGUUGUUUUUUUUAAUAUCAAAUUCUUAACGAGAUAUUAGCAGGUUAAUUUUAUUAGCUGUUAAUCUAAUUCUGUUCUGUUAUUUACUGUAUAAUAUAAGAUAAAUAUGGAAGUAGAGUAUACUGCAGAUUUAGAUAAAUCUUGAUAAACAUAUCAUCGGCCGACGACCAAACACCGUCGCCGACA